UCCAUUGAGUGUUUUCGGAGCCAUGGACGCUGCAAGUAGUGCUGCAGAUGUAGUAGUAGUUGCUUCCCAUGGCCGCCCAGCAGCGCAAGAAGUAUUGGUAGCUAUGGAGGAUAGGAUGCACAAGACAACCGAGAGGAUCGAGAGCCAUGUCGCCAUGAUGCAGACCAGGAUCCACAGGUUCCCUCGGGGCCUGCGAGGCAUCGGCGGCGACGACGACCGCUACAUCGUGCCGAGCGUCGUGGCCAUCGGCCCGUACCACCACGGCCUGCCUCACCUGCAAGAGAUGGAGGAGGUCAAGCACGCGGCCGCCUACCACUUCUGCAGAGACGCCGGCCGCUCGCCGGAGGAGGUGUACGGGAGCAUCCUCUUCCUUGCCGGCGACGCCCGCCACUGCUACGCCACCGACGACGAGGCCGUGGUGCGCCUCAGCGACGCCGAGCUCGCGGCCAUGUUGUUCCUGGACGGCUGCUUCCUGCUGCAGUACAUGGCCAACAGCGAUGAGCCCAUGUUCGCCGGCUGCAACCUGUCGUCCGGGCAAGCCAUCCUCAGGGACAUGAUGCUGCUCGAGAACCAGAUCCCAUGGCUGGUGCUCGAUGCCCUCACUGGAUUCUUGCCCGUGAACGUGCGCCAUUUUGUCACCGAGGUAGGAGACAAGUUCUUCCCCAACGAGAAGGAUUCUGCAGGGUGGAUCAUAAGGUUUCAGGUGUUCCUGAUGAUGAAGUGCCGACGCGUCCCUGCAGCGAGAGAGCCUCUCGGCCAUUGCCAAAGCGACAUCAGCUACAAGCCGGCGCAUCUGCUCGGCCUCCUCCGGUUCAGCCAGCUACAGAGCAUGCCAAGUGACGAGCGGGAGUAUCAGGCGGGGAGCUCGUCGUUGCUGUCCAGCAGCGCGGUGGAGCUCGCGCAGAUCGGCGUCAAGCUGACGGCGAGCACGGCCACGUGGCUCGGGGACAUGAGACUCAGGAAGAACCUCGUGCUCGGCGAGCUCUCGCUGUCGCCGCUGUUCCUCAACGACGUCACCGCUUGCUGGCUCGUCAACAUGGCGGCGCUGGAGGCCUGCACCGCCUGGGACUCGGACGGCUUCGUCGUGAGCUCGUACCUGUCGGUGGUCGCCAUGCUCAUGGACCGGAAGGAGGACGUGCACGAGCUCCGGAGCAAGGGAGUGCUGCGCAGCCUCUUCAGCAACACGCAGACGCUGGCCUUCUUCAAGGGCCUCAGCCAGCACCUCCGCCUCGGAGGCCGCUACGUCGUCGUCCUGGAACAAAUCGAGUCGUACAAGCGCAACAGGCCAGUGCGGAUCGCCGCCCACAGGUUCCUGUACAAGAACUACAAGAUCAUCGCCACCGUCUUGUCCAUCGCCGGUGUGAUCAUCGGAAUCUUUAAGGCAAUUCUUGCACUCAAACUCAAGACAGGAUAGCUGCUUUUAGCUUCAGUUCUUGUUUAUUGUUGACUCCCCAAUCGCCUCAGUUUUCCUUUGCCUCUCAUCGACUCAACCCGUGCUCCUGUACACGGCUAGCUAGUACUUUCGAGGGGCAUAGUUGCUAAAGAUUUGUGAAUAUAUAUGGGGCACACAGCUAAUCAUAAUUUCUUA